AUGGACAGACUGGACGAGCUGUUACUGCCGGAGCCGAACUUCCUCGCAGGUAAGCCGGUCACGUCUCCUCUGGAGUCCCGGUUACGGAGCAACCGGGACACGUUUUUCCCGCGCGUGGACGUCUCGACAGAGAAGCAGAAGAGGGAGGAAGCCAGGCGGAGAGAUGCGGCCGAGGAGAAGCGAAGGAAAGAGAAGGCAGUGGAGGAGGAGGUUCUUGAGACGUGGCGCGCUGACCGAAAACGAGAGUUGGUACUGUUCUUGAGGCGGGCCAACCGCGAAUUGCUGUCGGGCCCCGAAGUCAACAAAGCGGCCGCUCAGUUCACCGCUCUGACAGAAAACCCAGGGACGGUUCGUCCUCCAGAGGAAGUCCUCCGAGCUCUCAUUCGCGACCGUUUCGGAGAGGCGCCGAGGAGUGCGCCUGCGUCUGGAGACCGUCCGAGAGCGAGCGACGCGCCGGCUGCUGAAGAGAAACGCCCCGCCGCGGAACCGGCUCCGGCGGGGCCUCUCACAGCUAGCCAGCAGCUGUCUAUACAGCUGCGAGAGCGAGGGGCUCAGCUGACGCGCCUUCGCGAGCGGGAACGCGAGUCACGGAGGCAGGAAGAAGAGCGGGUGGCCCGCGAGAGAAGACGGCGCGGGGACGGCGGCCUGGCAAGGAGACCGCGAGGCGCGAGUUGCGCGGGAGCUCGGAAAGCCAGCUCUUCUCUCCGAGGGGUCCGCGACAAAGCAUACGCGGGGAGUCGACCAGUCCCUGGGGCGAUGAGCUUUGAGGAGAGCCGGCGGAAAGCCCAGAGACACGGAGUGCUGGUGACCAAGACCUUUGCGAAAAGUGCAUGCAAACCUGGGAACGCCACGCCGUCGGAGGCGGGAGAAGACGCCGAGUCCGUUGGGACCGGUAUCAACGGGAUCAGCAAACCGGUAAAGAGAUGGGUCAACGGGAAAGUGAUCGUGGAGAAAUGGGGCGGGAUUUCGUCCCUCGUGUACCUCCCGAAGAAGGCCAGUCGAACCAACGAAGAGGCAUCUCUCGCCCGAUCGUCGCCCGCCUCCGCCUCGUCCCCUGGCCCGCCCACGUCGGCCUCAGCCUGCCAUGGCGCCAGCGGGAGCGGAAGUGAAGCGCACGCGCUCGAAGGGACAGAACGUUCUCUCUCUGUCAACCAAGCUGUUCCGUCGAGCAAGGCGGAGCGACCGUCUCGGCCACGCGUGUCUCCUGCUCGGGGGCUGGGUCCGGUCGAUCGCAGUUGCUCCGCAUCCGAGACUCUGAACACCCGCUCUUCGCACCUCAGAAUGUGCCGUUACACCUCAGGCGAAAGCGACGAGACUCGACCUUCCAGAGGCGCUCGAGAGAAGCGAAGCCGAUCCCCAGGAUCUUCCGGCCGUUUCCCCGACGCACCUGGCGAGCAAAGACAAACAAAACCGGCUCUACCGCGUCAAAGUCCCCUCGAGGGGCGCGUCGGCCUCAGCAGUGUUCCCGGCUCCAGCAGAUACUCCGUCGUGUCGUCGAGCCGGGACAAAGGCCAAGGGACGUGCUCUGGACGGGAUCCCGCGUUUCCUCCGAACGCUGUCCAAGUUCCGACGCCAAGCUCGGCGUCGGGCUGUUCCGGAGUGCCGAAAGCGAAGAUUUCGCACAACUGCAACGGUUUUGCGUCGCUUCCCACGUCGCCUGGCCUCUCGGUUACCACGCAAGCUGCUCGCCUGGGGGCGUCGACCUCUCGCCCGAGAGCUUUCUGGGCUCCGACGCUCCAGAGUGGAAGCAAGGGUUCUGUCUCCUCUGGUUCGACAGGUUCAAAGACAGCAGUCUCUGCAGGAAAGCCCCGGCCUCGGUUUGUUGUCCCAGAUCUCCACGGCACCUCGCAGUCGGCUCUUCCCCCCAAAAAGUAUAUCUGUGGCGUCCCUCAGCCUGAUCGGAGUGUCUGUACACCCGCAGUGGGAACUUCUGGCGCGGCUUUAUGUCGAACUGUCGCGGGCGCGGGAACUCGCCCCUUCAUUUCCGCUGCCUCUGCUGUGGGCUCCCACAAAGCUAGUCGUGUCGAAGAGAAUGCGCUGGGGUUUCGAGCAAAGCCUGGGGGGUCAGCCGCGGUUCGUUCCCCGUGGCGCGCGAAGAAGCGCGUGGGAAUGCGGGAAGACGAGAGCCACGGGGAGGACGGUGAGAGUGAAGACGAGAUGGAGAAGGGCGCGGGCGCAUGCACGUCUCUUCCGCCUGUUACCGGUUUCCUGAAUCGCCUCCCCUCGCGUUCCCAGGGGAGACACCCUACCUGGAGGAGCGUGCCAAGUCAAGAGGAAGACGACGACGACAUGGACGAUUUUAUUGUCGACGACGAGGAUCUCGGAGACGGAGCAGACAGAGACUGGCAAGCGGAAAUGCGGAGAGUGACUGGCUAUGAUCCGCGCCACUUCGCAGGCCGCUUCGAGGGAGAAUGCGCUGAGAGCGGCUUCCAUCAGCAGCUUCAGGAGGAGCGUUACAGCGGUCAGGUCGCUGCUCAGGAGGACGCUGAAGAAUACCAAAAGAUCCUCGAUGAAGCUCGGGAAGAACGCCGACUCAAAAAAAUCAGAAGAGAUGACUAUCGAUAG